AUGGAGGUGGUACUGAUCUUUGUAUGCAGCCUGCUCAUCCCGGUGGUCCUGGCCAGUGCAGCUAAGAAGGAGAAGGAAAUAGAUCCUUUUCAUUAUAACUACCAGACCCUGAGGAUUGGAGGAUUGGUGUUUGAUGUGGUCCUCUUCCUGGUUCCGAGCCGCCAUCUUCUAAGUCACAGGUGCAAGUGCAGUUUCAAUCAGAAGCCCCAGGAUCCAGGAGAUGAGGAAGCUCAGGUGGAAAACUUCAUCAUUGCAAAUGCAAAAGCGCCCCAGAAAGCAAAAAACUGA